AUGCCUAGCUGGUGGGCACUGCUUCAAGUGCUGGGCGUCUUGCUGUUGACCGGCGAGACGACCUCGAUAGCGCUACCAGCCUACACUGACGAAGAAUGCGCGAAGGGCUGUACCUGCAAAUGGUCCAGCGGGAAACAAACCGCAGAAUGCGGACACCAACAACUAGAGUCCGUCCCCGACGGUCUGAACGUCGAAACUCAGGUGCUCAACAUCUCGGCAAAUCCUCUACAGUCGCUCAAAUCUCGAGAAUUUUAUUCGAAAUCGUACUCAAACCUGCAGAGGAUUUAUGCGUCCCGAUGUCACAUCUCUCAAAUCGCAGACGACGCUUUCCAUCUUCUAACAAACCUCGUGGAAUUAGACUUGAGCGGUAACGAUCUCACGUCUGUUCCCACGAGAGCUCUAUCCGAUUGUUCGGCUCUCCGGAGACUCUCGCUCAGCCAUAACCCCAUACAGGUCCUUCACGACGAUGCGUUCCGCGGUCUUAUCCGCUUGGGAACCUUGGAAUUGAACUUCUGUCAGCUGCACUCGAUUGAAACAAUGGCUUUCCGCGGGCUGCGAGGUCUGGAAUUUCUCAGGAUGGCCCAUAACCUGCUGACCCGUAUUCCUUCGGCGGCUCUCACCGACCACCUUCCGCCCCAGCUGUACGGAGUCAACCUCGAGGAAAAUCCAUGGGUCUGUGACUGCGAAAUGCGUCAAGUUCGACAGUGGAUGAUCGACAACAAUAUGCCAUUGUCGGCCCCGCCGAAGUGCGCGAGUCCGAGCCGACUUCAAGGGAUUUCCUGGAGUGCGCUCGACAUGGACGACUUCGCCUGUGCGCCGGAAGUUUCUUCAAUCGAUGCGUCGGCGACCGCCGUCGAACUGGAGAACGCAACUCUACGCUGCGAGGUCGACUCGACACCGCCGUCGUCGACGUCGAUUCAGUGGUCGAUAAACGGACGCCCAAUACGAAACAUGUCCGUCAUUUCAUUCGGUCGUCAGCUGUACGUCAUUCACGAGGAAGAGUCGCUGAGACGUUUGAAGACCAGCGUGCUCACAAUUGUUAAUGUUUUCAUGAAGGACAGCGGCACGUAUCUUUGCUCAGCGUCGAAUCGUGCCGGUAACGUUUCGGCCAUGUCCACGCUCUUCGUCCAGCCUAGAGAAGAGUUCGGAACGUUGACAGCUGCCGAAAUCGUCGGUGUGAUACUGGGCUUUCUGUUGACCAUUAUUGUGCUGGUAGGUGCUGUUUAUAUGGUGAUGCAGCAAUAUGCGAGAUACUGCGAAGAAAGGGCCGCGUCGGCCGCGCACGACGGCUCCCGACGCAAGUAUCCUUCGGCGAGCAACGGGACCAACCACGAAUCGAGUAGUCGAGGAGCCAAGUCAAGUAAGGCGAGCCUCGAAAACCUCAAAGCCAAAGCAAGCUACGAAACGAUGGUCUCGCUGGGCAAAGACAAUCAUGUCGGAGUGGAUCUGGUCAACUCGGCUGCCAAGCCCUUCACGGAGCUCGGCAGCUGUUCUCCUUCCGAGAGGCACGUCAUAAGCAGUAAUGAGUCGGCGCCUGGAAGCAGUUCCGGCAUCGCUUCCAGCACCACCUCGGCAUCUGACAGUAUGCAGAUGAUUUCGGCUCCUGGUCGGACGGCUAAAGAGCCCUCGAGCUCGAGCGGAUGUCCAGUGACCGGUGUCGAAACGCUGAGGUCGAUGAGCCCGUCGUCGGUGAAGCUCUCGUCUUUCGAGAAGAAUAACGCUAGUCUAGUGAACGCAAUCGCCUCGGAGCUCGAGGAAAAAAUCGCCAAUCGGGUAAUCGAGAACCUGAACCUCCGCAAUCGUCAGAAACAGCCGUCAUCGCCGAAACCGGAGGUGGUUCCGGAAGAAGCGAAUGAAGACGUUCCGCCCCCUGCUCCUCAAUGUGCCAAAGAUUACCCUGAUGAAUACGUCGCUCUCAAAGUCAGCGCUCGGGUUGUGGCUAAUGUUCAAGCUAAUCCUCUCCAUAAUCUGGAAAGACAAUCCAGGGACAGUCCUGACGAAGGUUUAGGAGACGAACGUGAAUACGAAACAGAACACGAGGAAGCCGUUAAUGUUGCAUAG